AUGGCUGCCCGACCCGGCUAUGGUCUACAAAACCCGUUCGCUGGUGGGACUUCCCCAUACGGUCCACCUUUGCGUCAGUAUUCCAACGAUUCCGACCCCGGCGAUCCCUAUAGUAGUCGUAAUGCCAGUAGUGUCCCUUUGACACAGGCUGGAUACGAUGGUCAAUCCACUCUAUCUACAGCCAGCACCGACGAUGUGAACGAAUACGACCGCCAUUAUAGCGCAUCUGUGGACUCACACAUGAGUGGUAGCUCAAGCGCACACGCUCCUUACAACCCGUUCUCUGAUAUACCUGGCUCCCAUGAGCCGUAUCCUGCUUGGUCGGCAGAGCGCCAGAUACCCAUGUCGACAGAAGAGAUAGAAGAUAUAUUUCUGGAUCUCGCGCAGAAAUUUGGUUUCCAGAGGGAUUCCAUGCGGAACAUGUUCGACUUCCUCAUGCAUCUCCUCGAUUCCCGAGCUUCGCGCAUGACACCGAACCAAGCUCUCCUCACUGUCCAUGCUGAUUAUAUUGGCGGUCAACACGCGAACUACCGCAAGUGGUACUUUGCAGCGCAACUCAACCUAGACGAUGCAGUGGGACAGUCACAAAACCCCGGCCUUCAGCGCCUUCGUAGCGUCAAAGGCAAACUUAGCACAGCCAGCACGAAGUCACUUGAUAGCGCACUAAACAGAUGGCGGAACGCCAUGAACAACAUGAGCCAGUAUGACCGCCUGCGCCAGGUAGCACUUUACCUUCUGUGCUGGGCUGAAGCAGGCAACGUACGUUUUACCCCCGAAUGUCUGUGUUUCAUCUUCAAGUGCGCAGACGACUACUACCGGAGUCCGGAGUGCCAGAACAGAGUGGAUCCUGUUCCGGAGGGACUGUACCUGGAAGCCGUAAUCAAGCCCAUCUACAGGUUCAUGCGUGAUCAGGGCUACGAAGUGGUUGAAGGGAAGUUCGUCAGAAGAGAAAAGGAUCACGAUCAGAUCAUUGGUUACGACGACAUUAACCAGCUAUUCUGGUACCCCGAAGGAAUUGCAAAGAUUGUCCUGCAAGACAAUACGCGGCUCAUUGACAUUCCACCCGCUCAACGUUUCACGAAAUUCGGGAAGAUUGCCUGGAAUCGUGUGUUCUUCAAGACCUACUUCGAGAGGCGAUCUAUCGCCCACCUUUUGGUCAACUUCAAUCGUAUCUGGAUCUUACACGUCGCGGUAUAUUGGUUCUAUACCGCCUUUAAUUCACCGAAAGUGUAUGCACCGUACAAGAAGGCAGCUCCUUCUGCGGCCAUGACUUGGUCUGCGACGGCACUUGGCGGCGCGGUUGCUACCGCAAUCAUGAUUGCUGCGACACUGGCCGAGUUUGCCUACAUCCCAACAACAUGGAAUAACGCGUCCCAUCUUACGACUAGGCUCAUAUUCUUAGUCAUCGUCCUGGCGCUCACCGGAGGUCCCACCGUGUAUAUUGCCAUGGUUAACGAUUCGGCGUCGCACACACCGCUCAUCGUCGGAAUUGUACAGUUCUUCGUUUCCGUCGUUGCCACGGUGGCCUUCGGUGUUAUUCCAUCUGGUCGCAUGUUUGGUGAUCGGGUCGCGGGCAAGUCGCGCAAAUAUAUGGCAUCGCAGACGUUCACAGCGUCCUACCCUGGUUUGAGCGUUGCCGCCCGUUUGGGGUCUAUCUCUCUAUGGUCAUUGGUCUUCGGCUGCAAGUUUGUGGAAUCAUACUUCUUCUUGACGUCCUCUUUCAGUAGUCCCAUUGCCGUGAUGGCCCGCACAACGGUGCAAGGUUGUAGCGAUAAGUUGUUCGGUACAGCCCUUUGUUCGAAUCAAGUGCCAUUCGCGCUCGCAAUCAUGUACGUGAUGGACCUAGUGCUGUUCUUCCUGGACACGUACCUCUGGUACAUCAUCUGGGUGGUGGUGUUUAGUGUCUCCCGCUCCUUCUAUCUCGGUCUGUCGAUUUGGACGCCCUGGAAAGAGGUAUAUACCAGGAUGCCGAAGAGGAUCUACGCGAAGCUACUCGCUACUGCGGAGAUGGAGAUCAAAUACAAACCGAAGGUUCUUGUUUCUCAAGUAUGGAAUGCCAUCAUCAUUUCCAUGUACCGCGAACAUCUUUUAUCUAUCCACCAUGUGCAACGUCUCCUAUAUCAUCAAGUUGAUGGACCAGACGGUCGCCGUGUCCUUCGAGCUCCUCCGUUCUUCACUCAUAAUAACGGCAACGAAAGUGACUUCUUCCCUCCAGGCGGCGAGGCUGAACGUCGUAUCUCCUUCUUUGCGUCAUCCCUCACCACUGCGCUUCCCGAUCCUCUUCCGGUUGAUGCCAUGCCGACGUUCACGGUUCUAGUACCCCAUUACUCCGAGAAGAUCCUGCUGAGCUUGCGUGAGAUUAUCAGGGAGGAGGAUCAGAAUACUCGCGUUACCCUCCUCGAAUAUCUGAAGCAGCUACACCCUGUUGAAUGGGACAAUUUCGUGAAAGAUACCAAGAUUUUGGCGGAGGAGUCGGAGACGUCAACGUUUGACGGCACUGGUACUACUAACGAGAAGUCAAACAACCGCACGGAUGAUCUGCCAUUCUACUGCAUUGGAUUCAAGACUGCCGCACCCGAGUACACUCUUCGUACCCGCAUCUGGGCUUCGCUCCGCGCGCAGACACUCUACCGUACGGUGUCCGGGAUGAUGAACUAUGCCAAGGCCAUCAAGCUGUUGUAUCGCGUCGAGAACCCGCAGAUUGUGCAGCGGUUCGCCGGGAACACGGACAGACUCGAGCGUGAGCUGGAGCGUAUGUCGAGGCGGAAGUUCAAGUUCACUGUGUCCAUGCAGCGGUAUGCCAAGUUCAACAAGGAGGAGCUUGAGAACGCCGAGUUUCUCCUGCGUGCAUACCCGGAUCUGCAGAUUGCAUACCUCGACGAAGAACCCGGUCCGAAGGGUGGAGACCCGCGAUUGUUUUCUGUACUCAUUGAUGGUCAUUCAGAGGUGGACAGCAAGACUGGGAAGCGGAUGCCCAAGUUCCGCAUUGAGCUUCCCGGCAAUCCCAUUCUCGGUGAUGGCAAGUCCGACAACCAGAAUCAUGCGAUCAUCUUCUACCGUGGCGAAUACCUGCAGCUCAUCGAUGCCAACCAGGAUAACUACCUGGAGGAAUGCAUCAAGAUUCGGAGCAUCCUUGGUGAGUUUGAGGAAUACACUAUCUCCAGUCAAAGCCCGUAUGCACAAUGGGGUCACAAGGAGUUCAAAAGAUCCCCUGUGGCGAUCGUGGGUACUCGCGAGUACAUCUUCUCAGAGAACAUUGGUGUUCUGGGUGACAUUGCAGCAGGUAAGGAACAGACGUUCGGUACGAUGACUCCGCGCGUUUUGGCUUGGAUCGGCGGCAAGCUGCACUACGGUCACCCCGAUUUCUUGAACGCGGCAUUCAUGGCCACGCGCGGUGGUGUCUCUAAGGCUCAGAAGGGUCUGCAUCUUAACGAGGACAUUUUCGCUGGUAUGAACGCUAUCGGCCGUGGUGGGCGCAUCAAACACUCGGAGUACUACCAGUGCGGAAAGGGUCGUGACCUUGGCUUCGGCACCAUCCUGAACUUCCAGACGAAACUGGGGACUGGUAUGGGUGAGCAAAUGCUUAGCAGAGAGUACUACUAUCUGGGUACCCAGUUACCCUUGGACCGUUUCCUCACCUUCUAUUAUGGACAUCCUGGAUUCCACAUCAACAACAUCUUGGUUAUCUACUCCAUCCAGAUCUUCAUGGUCACUCUCUUGUAUAUCGGCACAUUGAAUAAGGAACUCGCGGUUUGCAUUAUCAAUUCGCAAGGGGACGUUAUUGGUGGUCAGCCCGGUUGUUACAAUUUAACCCCCGUCUUCCAGUGGAUUAAACGAUGCAUCAUAUCCAUCUUUUUGGUCUUCUUCAUCGCUUUCUUGCCACUAUUCUUGCAAGAACUGCUCGAACGAGGCACAGGAAAGGCAUUGAUUCGUCUUGGAAAACAUUUCCUAUCCCUUUCUCCCAUUUUCGAAGUCUUUUCCACCCAGAUCUACUCGCAGUCCAUCUUGAGCAAUCUGACGUUCGGCGGCGCGCGGUACAUCGCCACGGGACGUGGAUUUGCAACCACGCGGAUAUCCUUCACCAUACUCUAUUCCCGCUUCGCUGGUCCUAGUAUCUAUAUGGGCAUGCGCAACGUUCUUCUACUCUUGUAUGCCACUAUGGCCAUCUGGACACCGUACCUGAUCUACUUCUGGUUCUCGGUCCUCUCAUUGUGUAUCGCGCCUUUCGUAUUCAACCCGCAUCAGUUCUCUUUCCCCGACUUCAUCAUCGAUUAUCGGGAGUUCUUGCGUUGGAUGUCUCGCGGCAAUUCUCGCACAAAGGCCAGCAGUUGGUACGGCUAUUGUCGUCUCUCGCGAACGAUGAUCACUGGUUACAAGAAGAAGAAACUCGGUCAUCCUUCGGAGAAGUUAUCUGGAGACGUCCCCCGCGCAAGGUGGAAAGCCGUCAUCUUCUCUGAGAUCGUGUGGCCGAUCUGUCAAGCUACGAUAUUUGUUGUCGCGUAUAUGUUCGUGAAAUCGUUCCCGAAUCACCUCGGGCAACAGAAUCCCAGUCCAUUCAUCCGCAUUGCCGUCAUUGCUGUUGGGCCCGUCGUAUGGAACGCGGCGAUCUUGUUGGCUCUGUUCUUCAUUUCGUUGUUCCUAGGGCCGAUGAUGGAAUCUUGGACGAGAUUCGCUUCGGUAAUGGCCGCACUUGCUCAUUUCCUCGCCCUGUUCGGUCUUAUCGCAUUUUUCGAAUUCUUCUGGUUCCUCGAGCUGUGGGAUGCGUCACACGCCGUUCUUGGGGCGAUCUCCAUCAUCGCUAUCCAGCGCGCCAUCCAGAAGAUCCUGAUAGCUGUCUUCCUGUCGCGGGAGUACAAGCAUGACGAGACGAAUCGUGCCUGGUGGUCAGGUAAAUGGUAUGGACGGGGACUAGGCAAUUCUGCUUUGUCGCAACCUGCGCGCGAGUAUGUGGUGAAGAUAGUUGAGAUGUCUUUGUGGAGCUCGGAUUUCUUAUUGGCACACAUAUUGUUGAUUAUCAUGACGCCUCCUACCCUCAUCCCCUUUGUCGACAAGCUGCAUUCCACGAUGAUGUUCUGGUUACGACCAUCCAAGCAGAUACGACCGCCACUUUUCUCAACGAAACAAAGACGGCAACGUCGUUGGAUCGUGGUGAAAUACACCUUCGUUUACAUUGUAGUAGUGGCAUGCCUCGCUGCGCUGAUCGUGCUCCCUGCCCUCUUCCGAGAUCGCAUCACGUUUAACUGUACACUAUGUCAGAAUAUCUAA